AUGCAAACGGGACUCGCCUUGCUUGAGGACUGUCCGCCGGGCAUGCUGGACACCUACAGGACUUCCGCGACGAGCAUCUCAGAGCGCACGGUGUUUGUCUCCGCCCCCUCUCAGUUCAUUUACCGCACGGUGCUGGCGCCCUGCCUCCCGUUUGCGGGACACUUUGUCGCCUACGCGGUGUUGCCUGAGCACAUUGAGCUGCAGUUGGCCCUGCCGCAAGGGGUGGCCUACCGCCGCCCGCAACGGCGACACGAACAUGGGGACUUGCUCGAGAUCUUUAGAGUCGCGCGCUGCGCUUGGCCCUUGAUCUUUUAUAUGGAACACAGACUGCCGUUUCCACCAGCUGCGCUCGCGGCGGUUGCGCCACCACCGCAACCACGGCCACGGCAACCUCCCCACAGGGACGGAACGGCUCUUGUGCAGAUUCCUGACCUUCGAGGCAAGCAGCACAGACGCUGUGAACAGCUCCAAAAGCUACACCCGACGGUCUCCUGUCCCUGCCACGAGGGCACUUUCCAGUGUGGCGAAGGCCAGCAUACCGAGCGGCGAGCUGCUGUUGAGAGAGAGGAGAGGCCAAGUUCCUCACUGCCGAGACAACCUGCACCCAGCAAGGACGAUGGCCUGCAGAAACUUACUGGGCCAGGUAUGGCAGUUAGCAUACCUACUCCGGGCCGGGUGCAACUCUUGGGAGCAGAGUUUCCCCUGUACCAACGGCCCUGGGUCCUAGCGGAGGCUGUCGCUCCUUUCUGUCGCGGCCGCUUCCAGAAGGACAUCAAAGGCAUCUCCAUGCACCCAACAGCCGCCGCUCUGUUACAGGACCUUCCGCUCCUAAGGCAAGACCACACAGUUGAGGCAACCAUGCUCUAUGUUGACGGUUCUUUUGACCCAUCCAGCAGCAGAGGAGCUUGGGCCGUAGCUGUGUUAGCACUCGCAGAGGGUCAGUGGCGCUGGGCAGGUUUUCUGGCUGGUCGCUCCGGCCCGCGCACACAUAUGUCUAAUGCCUUCGAUGCGGAAGUCUAUGCUCAGCUGGUUGCACACCUUGUCUGCGUUGCCAACCAUUGGAAGCAGGCCGUCAUCUGUUAUGAUGCCACCUCGGCUGCGCAGGUUACCUCGGCUCAGGCAGCGGGCAAAGACAUUGGUGUUCUGCAACGAGCCGCGGCAGCCAGCAGACUGCAUGCCCUUCUGCAAGGCUGCGCACCAGGCCUCACGCACACAAAGAGCCAUGAAGGUAAUCCGGGCAAUGAGCUAGCUGACUCCCUGGCUACUUGGGCCCCGGGCCAGCCAUCCAGCGAUCUAGACGACCACAUAGCAGAUUUGAUCCGGGAGCGCAUCAUGGACUGGCUUUGGCUAUUGCAGCCCGCCUUUGCCCCUGCUAGCUGGCCGACGCUCGAUGCCUCCGGCACCACGAAGCGGACACAGAGGCAGCAGGAGUACGCCUUGCCGCAAGCUCCGGCUGCUUGGAGUCCGCCCCACACUGCCACCAAGACUAGGGCUGCCAGCAUACCCUGGAAGGUAUGCACCUAUAAUACACUCUCUGCCCGGUCAGCACUGCAGCGGCACAGUCUGCAGACCUUCAUGCGCAGCCAGGGCCUGGAAAUCCUAGCUCUUCAGGAAACGAGAGAGUCUCCUGACCCAGUUAGGAUUGUCGACGGAAUCUAUCGAUUCGCCAGCGCUGCACCGGCAGGUCAAUGUGGCUGCCAGAUCUGGGUUGAUACUAGAUGCCACUCGGGCAAAUGGGACCUGCGUUCAUUUGCCAUUGUGCACAGCCAUCCAAGAUUGCUGGCCAUCACAGCUGUGUAUGCAGGACAGCGGGUCGCUCUGCUCUCCGGGCACGCACGCACAUCCGUCUCAACACAGGAAGAAAUUCAUGAGUGGUGGCAAUUGUUGCACAGUGUGCUCAGAGCCAUGCCAAGGGGGCACAUCCCUGUCAUCUGUGCCGAUACCAAUGCCCGUUGGCAGGGCGCCACGGCCUGCAACUGCAAUGCAUACCAUAUGGAGGAAUUCCUCCAGCAUCAUGACUUGGCCUCCUCCGGCACUGUGGAUUAUCAAGGGAGGCCCGUCACCACCUGGCGGUCCCCCAAUGGCAAGCCAGCUUGUUUGGAUUUUGUCAUGUUCCCUCGCAGCUGGCAGCCCUCUGUCAGCAAUCUGGGUACAGUUGACAUCCUCGACGAGCAUGCUGGCAUCGACCACCAGCCCUUACUGAUACAUAUGAAGCUGUGCUUCGAAGAGCACACCGCCCACAAAACUCAGCGUUUUGAUGUACAUGCCAUGCACACCGCAGAAGGCAAGCAGUGCAUCCAGGAGAUUUUCCGUGGGGCGCCGCAGCCUAGCUGGGAAGUCGGCGUCGAUGAGCAUCUUGCCACCCUCAAUGCCUAUUUCCAGUGCGAGCUUGGCAAACGCUUCAAGACGCCUCACAAGAAGCCGCGCAAUCCGGUCAUCUCCGCUACCACUUGGCAGUUGCUACAAUGCAAGAGGCAAAUGAGGCGAGCCCACCAAGGGCGGACGGCGUCGCAACAGUACUCCUUGCUGCGAUCGACCUUCCGGGCCUGGCGUGACCAGGGCAAUCCCGUCAAGACUCGGGCUCAUGCCAAAGCUUUCCGCCAAGAGGUGGUGCACCGUAUGGCCAAGGACACAUGCUACUGCCUUACCAUUCGCAGGCUCAGCAAGCUGGCUAAGCGUAGCACCAAGCAGGAUGAGGCGCAGUAUACUAGACAUGCGUUCCAAGAGGCCCACCAAGACGGGCCCGUGCGCCUGGCGCAUCUGAUAAGGGCCGUCUUGAAAACAGGUCGCAGAUACCAGGCUCCCAGGCUAGCCAUCACACUCCGACAGGAAGGCGAGCUCAUCACGGACAGGGCGGAAGUCCUCCGUCGGAUGGGGCAGCACUUUGCCCAGGCGGAAAUGGCUGACUCCCUCUCUUUUGCGAGUCUCCGCGAUCAGUCCGAGAGCCCCGAUGCAGGUCACCUCGAAGCCAGCUCCAUGCCUUCAGUCGGUGACCUGGCGCAUGGAUUCGCAUCCCUCAAACCAAGGAAGGCACCAGGCCUCUCGGGCUUGCCAGGCGAUUUUUACCGGGCCUCGCCAAGCCUCGCUGCCGCCACACACUAUCCCUUAGUGCUGAAGAUGGCCGCGAGGGGCCAAUCCCCGCUCUUAUGGUCAGGCUCUUUGUCUGUCCCCUUGGCGAAACCAAUGAAGUGCCCCCUCACGCCAGCGGGGUACAGAGCCAUCGCCUUAUUAGAAGCGGCGGCGAAAGCCACAGGUAAAGCCAUGCGACAAAGCCUACUGCAAGGUCUAGAAAAUAUUGUGCAGCCAGGCACAGCAGGAGCGCGCAGAGCAGUGCCGAUGGAGGUUCCUGCGAUGACUGGGCAAGCCUACUUGGACUUCUUGAAAAGCAGCGCUCAAACCGGAGCCCUCCUGUAUGUGGAUGGGGUUAGUGCCUUUUACUCCACUAAUCGCCACAUCCUUUGCCAAGGCAGUGAAGCGGACCGCAUCCAAUGGGUCCAGGGUUUGCCGAUUGAGGACAGCAUCAAGCAAGCCUACCGAGAGAUAACCUUGGACAGGACGGCACUAGACAGGGCCGAACUAGACAAGAUCAUUCAAAGGUUAGUCCACGCCAACUUUGAAUGCACGUGGUUCACGACGUUGCCGGAUGACCCACAAGUACACCGCACCCGGGCGGGCACUGUGCCAGGGGCUCCCUUGGCGGACUUGCUCUUUCAACUUGCUAUAGCGGCCAGUUACCAGUGCAUGCGCGACUGCCUCCGUGCGGAAGGCCUGCUGGUCACUGUCCAGGGCACGGAGGCGGUCCUCCUCACGUGGCUUGAUGACUUUGCAGCCCCAGUUGGAGCCUGCAAACCGAGCGACCUCCCACACCGCCUGUCGCGUACUGCAAGUAUCACAGCUCAGGCCCUUAGCACCUCUGGCAUUGCCAUGAAUUUUGCGCCUGGCAAAUCCGAGGCAAUUGUCAUUGUGCAAGGCAGCGGCGCGCAGAAGGUCCGCACCGAGUUGUUUGUUACAGGACAAGGUACGAUACCUGUUGACAUGCCCAAUAGCCCACAAGCUCAGCUUGUAUGUACCGAGCAUUAUGUCCACCUUGGCACAAAACGCACCCCUGAGUGCUCAGCGGUCCCAGACAUACAACGCCGGCAGGCAGCAGCUAAUGUCGUUUGUACCAAAGUAUGCACUCGGCUUUUACGCAACCCCGUGCUCACCAGGACGGAGAAGUGCCACUACUACUUCUCGCUGGUGCUGAACCGCUUUCUGCAUGGACUAGCCACUUGGCCCAUGUCAACACGCAAAGAGCGAGAAUGCUACCGAGCAGCAUACCUCGGUUUCCUGCGCAGGGCUGUCAAGCCCUUGCAUGGCUACCACUGCUGGCGCAUGACGGACCAACAUGUCUGCAUAGCGAUUGGAGCCUUGCUGCCGGAAGAGGCACUGCACGUUGGCCGCAUUCGCAUCCUUUCGCAGAUCGCUGCGCAUGGGACAACUUUCCUGGGUGAGCUUUUGGCAGCGUCACAGUCCUGGCUGCACCAGGCCCAAACAGCUGUUCAUUGGGCUGUGCAAUUGGUGCCCACUGCGCGUUUGUCAGAGUGGUUGCAACAGACCCCGCAGGGCCGCGAUCUUUUGUCCUGGCCCCUGGACGCAGCCGGUACCCGCAGUUUUCUGAAACGGGUCCGCACCAAAGCAGUCCAAUCUAGAGCACAUCUCGAGCCUCUGGUAGCGACUCGGGCCAAAGCUCUUCACAAGGCAGAGGCACAGGGCAUGCUCGUUGUCAAGCUCCUCACAGGAGCAGCGACACACCGAUGCGCUCAAUGUGGGCAACUCUGCUCUACGCCGUCGGCCCUGGCAGCCCACUGCGAAAAGGUCCACGGCAGGCGUGCGCCCUGUCGUAGCGCCAUUGGGACGUCUUGCCAGGCCUGUUCCCAAGAGUUCUGGUCGACGACUCGUUUGCGUGAACACCUGCGUCGAGCGCGGUGUUGCAGUGCUACAUAUGUCGGCGCAGAUCUCGAUCCUCAGCCGGACGAGGAGCUGGGUACCAAACAAUGCCCAGUGCAGCCGUUUCAUGGCCCUCGCCCAUUCUGGGCAACGCUCCGCCCUGCGCCAGAGCAGGCUAAUACCACGACUCCCUCAUUCGCCGCAGGUUCCCUGAUACAACUGUUGACAACGGUCCACGAAGUGGCGGAUCUUCCAUCGCUUCUCAAGCGGUGGUGGCAGGUUACUGAUAGCGAUGAGGUUGAGGCGACCCGGUCCCAGGUGAUUUCGCUCCCUAGGGAUUCGAUGUCCCCGGCGUGCAAAUUUGCCGCCGAGUGGAUACAAUUUUGCUCCGCGACCACGUGGGUGUCGCCUUUUUCGGCAGAGGGACUAACUGCAGUACGGAGCUCUGAUAAGUUGAUGAUUGCUGAAGACAGCGUCAUCCAGGAGCUGCGCAGUUCAGUCGCCGAUGCCCUACUGUUUGCAUGA